GCAACCAGACUUCCAGCAUGGCAUUGUCACCAGCCCCCUUUGCAUGGUGAUGCGAUUAAGGUAGCAGCUUUUUUUUAUUAUUUAGGAAAAGCAGCUGGGGGAUCAUCAGUUCUAAGGCUUUGUCUUUCCUGGGUUAACUGAUGGUCCCGAGCCCGGUUUGACCUGACCACGAUGCUUAGUACUGGCACUUUUUGUUUUUUCUCAGCAAACUAUACAAACCCAAAUCUCUUUCUGAUUUUCAAGGAAACUAGAUUCCUGCCAGGUUUUGAAUCUGGACAAUAGACAGAUACUUUGUCCUAGCUUCUUUCUGGAAUCAUUUCGGGGAUAUUUUCCACAAGAUCACAGAAACAGGAAUGAACCGGCAGCUAGUGAACAUUUUGACAACCUUGUUUGCAUUUUUCUUAGAGACAAACCACUUCAGGGCAGCUUUCUGCAAAGACCAUGACUCCAGGUCUGGAAAACAACCUUCGCAGACCCUAUCUCCUUCAGAUUUCUUGGACAAAUUAAUGGGAAGGACAUCAGGAUAUGAUGCAAGAAUCAGACCAAAUUUUAAAGGGCCUCCUGUAAAUGUUACCUGCAACAUAUUUAUCAACAGCUUUGGGUCAGUAGCAGAAACUACAAUGGAUUACCGAGUGAACAUUUUUCUGAGACAACAGUGGAAUGAUUCACGUUUGGCAUAUAGUGAGUACCCUGAUGAUUCCCUGGACUUGGAUCCAUCGAUGCUGGAUUCCAUUUGGAAACCAGAUUUGUUCUUUGCCAAUGAGAAGGGUGCCAAUUUCCACGAUGUUACCACUGACAACAAAUUGCUUCGGAUUUCAAAAAAUGGCAAAGUGCUUUACAGUAUCAGGCUCACUUUGACCUUAUCCUGUCCCAUGGACUUGAAGAAUUUUCCAAUGGAUGUCCAGACAUGUACAAUGCAGCUGGAGAGUUUUGGAUACACAAUGAAUGACCUGAUAUUUGAGUGGUUAAGUGAUGGUCCAGUACAAGUUGCUGAAGGAUUGACCCUUCCUCAGUUUAUUUUAAAAGAAGAGAAGGAACUCGGCUACUGCACAAAACACUACAACACUGGAAAGUUUACCUGUAUUGAGGUUAAGUUUCACUUGGAACGCCAGAUGGGAUAUUAUUUGAUCCAGAUGUACAUCCCCAGUCUCUUGAUAGUCAUUUUGUCCUGGGUCUCCUUUUGGAUAAACAUGGAUGCAGCCCCUGCCAGGGUCGCACUGGGCAUCACCACAGUUUUAACGAUGACCACCCAGAGUUCAGGUUCCAGGGCAUCUCUGCCAAAGGUCUCCUAUGUCAAAGCGAUUGACAUCUGGAUGGCAGUGUGCCUUCUGUUCGUGUUUGCUGCCUUACUGGAAUACGCAGCAGUGAACUUUGUCUCCAGGCAACACAAGGAGUUCCUGCGGCUCCGAAGACGGCAGAAGAGGCAGAAUAAGGAAGAAGAUGCUACUCGUGAAAGUCGUUUUAAUUUCAGCGGUUAUGGGAUGGGUCACUGCCUCCAAGUGAAGGAUGGAACAGCUGUCAAGACCACACCUGCCAACCCGAUCCCACAACCCCCAAAAGAUGCAGAUUCCAUCAAGAAGAAGUUUGUGGACCGGGCAAAAAGAAUUGACACGAUAUCUCGAGCUGCCUUCCCACUGGCCUUCCUCAUUUUCAACAUCUUUUACUGGAUCACAUACAAGAUUAUUCGGCAUGAAGAUGUCCACAAGAAAUAG